UGAGAUCGGUCAUCCGCAAGACUUAGAAAGGGCAAUGGCAUUUGGAUCGCAAGCCUUGGUUUGCCAUCAUUUCUGUAAAAGUAAACUUGCAGCGUGUACAGGCUCAGACAAGCAUGCUUGGAUUGUCAUGAAAGAAAUCGGGCGAAUGGACGUGGCCACAGCAGAAUGUCAGUGACUCGCGCAAAGGUUGCUUCAGUUCUUUUAGGAUGGAUUGUCAAAAAUAUGAAAUUAUAUGAAAAGAGAGAGCGGGUCACAUUCAUGCACUUCGCUUUGGCUAGCCAUGUGGACAUGCCAAAGAGCGGUGAUCCCAGUUGAAACUCCGUGCAGGGCGCAGCAAUAGCAUGUGCGGAUGUGCAGAAUCAGCUUUCUCGCUGCCUUAGUUUGGGGUGCGUUUGGUCAGAUAGUACAAUGCCCGCCCAUGCGAUAUUUAAACACGUAUUCUUACAUACAGCCCCACACGGCAUUUCCAGUUGACACGGCGGUGCCGAGCUUGGAUUUCAGUGAGAUGUCCUUUUCAAUGACGGCGGACGUGUACGUUCGGACGGUGCCAGUUUUUUUGCGGACAUGUUGGCUAGGAAAUCAAGGCUCCGGCGAGGAAUCCAGACAGCUGCACUUGUGCCUAAACUCAACAUCCUUGAUCUUUGGGUUUUGGGAUGAUGAUUUGAUUGUCGAUUACGCAAUUUCUGACUCCACCUGGGUGAUGAUUACGGCAGUCUACGAUGCAACCAACUUGGAGCAACAACUGUAUGUUGAUGCUGUUCUGGUUGGUACUCGAACUGCAGCUCCGUUCCUUGGUGCGGCAGGUCAGAACUUCGAGAUCGCCCCAAACAUUGUCGACCCUUUUGGCAAUAACGGUGAUAUUCGCAAUGUGAUAUUCCACUCGGCUGUCCUAACUGACAGUAGCAUUAACACCUGCGGAGCGAGCAGCGUUCCCCCUGAGAUCAUCGCGACAGGUACAAUAACAUCCACCAACGCAGAGAGCACCACCAGCUUCACAACUGGCACUGCCACCGCCACCAUCACCACAACCUCCAGCACCACCACCACCGCCACCACCACCACCACCACCAGCACUGGCUCCCGCACCAGCUUCACCAGCUCCAGCAGCUCCACCAGCUCCAGCAGUGUCAGCAGCAGCACCACCACGACCAGCUCCACCAGCUCGACCAGCUCCACCAGCUCCAGCAGCGUCAGCAGCAGCACCACCACGACCAUCAGCACCAGCUCCACCAGCUCGACCAGCUCCACCAGCUCCAGCAGUGCUAGCACCAACACCGCCACAACCACCACAACCACCACCUGCAGCACCAGCUUUAGCAGCUCCAGCAGCUCCAGCAGCUCCAGCAGCUCCAGCAGCUCCAGCAGUGCUAGCACCGCCACCACCACCACCUGCAGCACCAGCUUUAGCAGCUCCAGCAGCUCGCGCAGCUCCAGCAGCUCCAGCAGCUCCAGCAGUGCUAGCACCGCCACCACCACCACCUGCAGCACCAGCUUUAGCAGCUCCAGCAGCUCCAGCAGCUCCAGCAGCUCCACCAGCUCCAGUACCAGCGCCACUACCACCACCAGCACUAGCACCAGCACCAGCUCCAGCAGCUCCAGCAGUUCCAACAACUCCAGCAGCUCCGGCAGCACCAGCACCACCACCGCCGCCCCCGACAGCGCUGGCACCCGCACCAGCUCCAGCAGCUCCAGCACACCAAUGUUAGUUCCCCCCACCUUUACAGUGAGUACCACUAGCAGCACAGCGUGGCGGACAAUCUCCACUUCUAAAACUGCCACCACCAGUGCCUUGAUCAUCGUGAUGCCGGAUGAAGUUAACAAUGUGCAGGAGAUCGCACAAUUUUUGAUGAGUGCCAGCCUAGAUGCAGAAGGGGCUGUCGUUAAGAGCAGUGCGGGAACAGCCUCGGCAGUUCCUUUCGAGGAGGGAAACUUGCUGCCACGUGUCUCGCCUCAUUAUGUUGGAACAUCUGCAGCCAAUGUGUCGGUUGGUAUGCCAGUGCAGCUGCUGAACCAAUCUGAGGGUGGCAGAUUUUUGAUUUUCACGAUGCUCGAUGGGGUCAUGCCAGAAGGGCAGGCUGCGAACCUUGAGUCUGGCAAAGAUGUCCAGCUGCUAGCUCCUGCCAUCGACGUUUCAGUGACAGAUUCUCGGGGGGUGCGCGUGCCAAUUGGGGGACUAGAGCAGUUGAUUUUCAUCCGAGUGUCUGCGCCUUUGACGGAGGCUGGCGGCGUUUGCGCUUUUUUGACAGACGAAGGGGUGUGGUCACGUGCGGGUGUGCACCGAGCCACUGAGGACGAGUUGGCCGUUGCGCUGGGUGAGGAUUAUGCGCCAGGGAUUUGGUGUUCGUCGACACAUUUGACAAUCUUUGCCAUCCUCCUGGAGCCAGUUCUAGCAUGUACGAACCUGGAGGUGCUGUCACCACAGAUGUUGCAGAGGUUGCUGGACAGCAAGUGGUACCGGCGCACACCCGGCAUUCUUAUCAUUCUGACAAUGUUGUGCUGCACCGUGCUCGUGCUACUGGCCGCGACAGCGGACCGGAAGGUACAGAGUCAGCACCUGUGGAAGCAACAGUUUCUGUUGACUGCGGUCCCGCUUGUCCGCGCGCCCUGUGCUUGCAGCGGAGCCAAGGGCGCUCUCGUAGAGGUGCAGAGCUCACCGGAGGCUGCAGACGAUGCGCAGCAUGCGGUGCACUCGGCGCCGACCGACGCCUCGUGGCGGACCCCCGCUACCAUGGCCAGCGCCAUGUCGGGCGCAAGGGGGCAUGCCAGGAGCUGGGCCCGGCGCUUGGGCAUCAAGGUGCUGGUGCGGGGCACGCUGCAAGCGCUGGCUGCCAAGCUACGUGUGGAGGAGUCUUCCCUUCGGGGCCACGUGUGGAAUGGCCAGGGCUGGGUGCAGGGGAGCCUCGCGGUGGCCAAGAGCAAGCGCCUGGCGCAGCUCACCGCGAACCUGGACGAGGAACUGUCUCAGAUCUUCACCUCCUUGGGCCAUCGCCGCUGGCUGCGCGUGUCGGUGUCCCUGUGGGCUUCGCAUCCUUUAGUGUCAAUCUUCUUCGUCUCCUUCCACAUCACCUCGGCCAAGAGGGCCAGCAUUUUCGCAGCCUUUCUCUCAGGCUCUUUGGCACUCUCUGCGCUCUUCAUGUCAGCUGCAGGCCUGACUUUGGACUCGACCAGUGAUUUGGAGUGCCCGGUGGAUAAUUCGGCUUGGCGCUUCCUAGUCGUUGGCUGCGCCUCCAUGUUGCUGAAUGCCGGUCCCCGCGUGUGCCUCUACCGCUUGGGCCGGCGAUCAUUCGCAUCUGACGCCAGGGCGAGCAGCCAGCGGAGAGCCUGGCAGCGAGAUGAUGCCUUGUUCUGGCUGCUUGCAAGUCUGUUCCUGGCUGCGUGCUGGCUGCUCAUAUGCUCUUUCCUGGCCAAUCUAGGGCAGACGGACUAUUGGAAGUGCAUGCUGUGCUUUGGCACCAUCAUUCUUGGAAAGCUGUUCUUCCUUCCACUUGGCAGCAUGUGCUUUCAUCUGGUGCUUGCAGAAGCAACUUUGCUUGCUUUCCCCUCUGUGCUCACCGCACCUCCCCCUGAGCUGGGGCUGCACAUUGAGGCCAAGGCAGAUACAAAGUCACAGCAGAGUGACGUGGCACGUGGCAAAAUUGUUGAGCUUGCCAACCGAGGGAUCCGAGUGCGGCACUUGCUGGACUUCUACGAGAAAAUAUUGGAGCUGGACUUCUUCGACCCGGGCCGGUCAACGACCCACGACGUGGUGCGGCAUGCGAUCAUCCCUUGGUCGCUGAGCAGCACGACGCGCUGCGACGUAGAUGUGGUUGAGGUCGAUGUGGUUGAUGUGGCCGAUGUGAUCGAUGUGGUCGAUGAGGUCGAGGAGGUUGAUGAUGUCUCUGCGAUCGAUGAGAUUGUGCCUGAGCUCACAGAGUUCGGCAGGGGUUUCAUGGAGCUGAAGGCGGUCGAUGCCAUUAUCCCCUUGUCGCUGCAUGACUUGUCACGGAGUGGUGACAGCUUUGACAUCGAUGAGAUGCUGCGAGCCAUAGAGACGAAGAGUCAGGUCAACAUAGCUGCUCCUGUGCCGGCCAAGCCUGCAAUCACACGUGAGUUGCAGAUGGGCGUUGCUUAUGCCACUGUGGUUAACAGCUCUGAGCCGCUGGCUGCUCUAAGAAUGGUGACGCAUGGCUGGGGCAACAUCUUUCGCAGCUUGGAAGCAGUGGCAUAUCACUCUUCAGAGCC